GUCUUGCAGCCAGCCCUCUUCGUGGUGGAAUAUGCCUUGUCGCAAGUUUUCCUCGCCGUGAACGUAAAGCCGGUUGCCUGCGCCGGCCACUCUCUGGGGGAGUACAGCGCCGCCGUCGUCGGUGGCUUCCUGUCCCUGGAUGCCGCCUUAGCCAUCGUCGCCGCGCGGGCAAGGUCCACCGAGACCUUGGCGGAGGAGGGUGCGAUGCUGUCCGUGGCCGAUUGGUCCUCCGAGGAGUUGGAGGCCAUGGCCGGCGGCUCACGGCCGGGGCUUUGGCUGGCCGCCGUGAACUCCCCGCAGCACGCCGUCGUGUCUGGCGAGGUACAGGCAAUUGCAGCGCUAGAGGCAGAGUUGAAAGCAGAAGGGCGCAAGUGCUCUCGGCUCCAUGUGAAGCGUGCCUUCCACUCUGGCCUCAUCGCAAAGGCCGCAGACACGCUUCGCAACCUCGGAAUGACAGAAGAGAUGCAGGGUGUUGAGACACUUCCGGUGGCCUCGAAUCUCACUGGGCAGUGGCUCCACCAAGCUCACAUGAAGGACGGCCAGUACUGGACGAAACAUAUGCGGGGAACAGUCCUCUGGCGGGAGAACGCUGAGAGGCUCAUGUCGCAGUGGCGGCCUGCCAUUGUUCUCGAGGUGGGGCCAGGCAACGUGCUCAGCACGCUGACUUCAAAGUGCGUCCAGCCGCACGGCCACAAGCCAGACUUCGUCCAGGCUAUGCGGCAUCCAAAAGCGAGCGGAACGCACGACGUGGAG